CUUGCUCCAAUUUUAAAGUGCCCAGAAAAAAUUUCACUUGCGUAAUUUCCUCACGAAAAUGUCUUCCAUCGGAACUUCAAAGGGAAUCCUGGAAAUCGGAAAGUUCGCUCUCUAUGUCUCAAUCCCGAUUGGUCUGAUGUAUACUUUGGCAAACAAUUCCGAGAAUAUGAAGAAGCUCAUCCAGAUGCGACCAUAUAUAGUGAAUCCCCCAGAGGGACCAAGGCCUCCAUCACCGGAGGAAUUAAGGGAGAUGGCUCGAGAAUUAGCUCGCAAGAAGAACGCUCGUUGAUGGCUCAUUGGGACUCAAGUGAUUGCUGAAAAUGCGGUUUCAUAAAAAAUAAAGCAUAGUUGCUGUUGGAAGAUUAAAAUAACUGAUCUGGUAUGAUGUUUUAGGAGAGGUGAAAAAUAGUGAUUGUGCAUGGUCUUUAUCUUUGAAGCUAAAAGUUUGAUACACAAUGUUCUGUAUAUUUUGAAGUAGGAAAAUUUUACCAUUGAUGUGUGUGCUUGUCAA